AUGGCACUCUGUAAGACUCCUGGUGUGUCACCCUGGACCACAGGGGAUUUAUCUGAUAUCGCGCCCAUAUUACCUGCCCUCCUCCACCCGAUCUGUCCCACUCUCCUGCACUUCAUCCCAGUCCACCGCUCUCCACCGCUCUCCACCCCUGUCAGGCAGGACUCGACAGGGGCCAAGGGACAACGGCUCAAAGAGGCGAACGCCAUCAACAAGUCCCUCUCCCACCUCGGACUGGUGAUGCUGAAGCUGGAAGAGGCGGCAGGAAAGAAGAAGUUGGAAGAGAAGACGGGGAAAAAGAGGCCUCCUGACCACGUGCCGUACCGUGAUUCUAAGCUCACCCACCUCCUCAAGGACUCCCUUGGCAGGGACUUGUCGCACCACGAGUCGCUCAGCACGCUCAGGUUCGCAGACGGGGCAAGGAAGGUGUGCAACAAGGCAGUGGUGAAUGAGGCCGCGGUGGGCCAGCAGGACGCCCUGCAGAAGGAAAACGCGCAGCUCAAGGACAAGAUUCACCGCAUGUGUGAGCUCUGCACCUGCGGAGCCCAUCUGCGCCUGGGAGAGGGGUUAGCAACAAUGGAGGAGGGGGAGGGCGAGGGGGAAGUGGUGGAGGGGGAGGAGGAGCAGCAGGCGGUAAGUGGGUUGGAUGCUGUGAAGAGUGGUGCGGAAACCGGCAUCAACAGGAAUCUUGAGUCAGCGUUUUCCUGUGCCAAGGGGCUUGACACUCCCCUUUCCACAAGGGGCAUGGCUGCAGCAAGGAGGGGGGAAGCCGGAGGAGCUGAGGUGGCAGGCAAGGUGGCUGACGUGGUGGCAGCACGAGAGGAGAGAAUGAGGGGGGGAGAGGAGGUGAGGAGGUUGACGGAAGAGAGGGAUGAGCUUCUGAGGAAGGUAGAGGAACUGGAGCGAGUGGAGGAGAGGAGGGUACAAGAGGAUGCGCUGUCACUUCAGGAAGCAGCGAGGGAGGUGAAGGAGGCACAGGAAGAGGCGGAAGCAGUGGCAGCGGAGAGAUCGAGGGAGAAUCUGGUGAGACAGGAGGAGGAGAGAAUGAGAGAGAUGCUGGCGGGGCGGAAGAGGAUGGCGGAGGAGAGAGAUGAGAUCUCGAGGAAGGUAGAGGAAUUGGAGGAGAGGGUUCGAGUGGCACAGAGGAGGGCGGAAGAGUAUGCGCUGACAUUGAAGGAAGCAACAAGGAAGGUGCAAGAGGCACAGGAAGAGGCGGCCGUGGCAGGGGAGAGAGCGCGAGAGCGAUUGGCAGGGAAGGACGAGGAGGUAAAGAGGGUGAGGGAGGAGAGAGAUGAGGUACGGCAACAAGUGGGUGAGCUGGUGAGGAGGGUAGAGAAAUCGGAGGAGGAGAGAGGGCGAGUGUUGGAGGAGGUACAGAGGGUGAGGGAGGAGAGAGGUGAGGUACAGGAACAAGUGGGUGAGCUGGUGAGGAGGGUAGAGGAAGCGGAGGAGGAGAGAGGGCGAGAGGUGGAGGAGAUGGUACCGCAGGCUAUGUUGGAAGGGGUGGGUGAGAUUGUUGCGUCUGGAAGUGUGGUGGCAGUAGUGCACAGAGAGGAGGUGGGGGUGAGCAGCCCUGCGUGUGUUGCUGUUGCAGCUGCUGUUGGAGGUGGUGGGUAUUUGGGAGGCACGCCUGCAAGAGCAUUACCAGGAGUGCCAGCAGGAGCACCAGCAGGAGUGCCAGUGGUGGAUCUGACUAUUGAGUCGGCUCAAAACAGCAGCUGA